AUGGUUGAGCCCACGACCGACCGGCACUUCGACAACCACCGCUUCGACAAUUACACCGAUUGGCUGGACCGAGAAACGCGGAAGAGAAACCGCCAGGGAGGGCGGCACAUCGGGUAUGGCUUCCCCGUGCCCAAACCCCCGCAGCCUCCUCGCCCAGAGCGACCCUUUUGGGUGCAGGAGCAAAGCAUGACGUCUGGGCUCAUGGUGACACGCAAGUACAACCAAACUGAGACCAGCUACCAGACAGUCGCUACCCGAGCAGACCCGCAUCACUUCCCGAACUACAUUGAUGUCAAAGAUGCUGACCAUUACAAGGAUCAUCGCAGGCGGAACUGUCACUGCGACCCUGACCGCUGGGUUGUGGACCCCAAGCUGCGUGCGGCUGUUCCCGAUGCUAAGGUGGAGCAGUUCCUCAGGGCCGAGCGUGGCGAAACAAGGACCUAUCCAGAUCCGGAGAUCUUGAGCAUCCUCUUUGGUGAUGAGGUCAAGCCCAAGAAGGAAAGCUUCAAGGAGCUGAACGUGGAUCUGUCCUGCUUGGACCUGCCGGUUCAGGAGGGAGGGCCUGUCCGUGGCCGCCAGAAGUUUGUGGAGCGGAAGAACUUCAUGCCCGAGCCAGUUCCGCCGAAGGAGGAGGUGGAAGAAGAAGAGGCGAGGAAAGGAUGGAACUGGUGCACAGGUGGCCGCAAGCUCCUCGACACGAGCGGAGAUUGGAGCGAGCAGAAGGCGACCUUGCAUAGAUCGCAGAGCAUCCCCCAGGCAUUGGGUGGCGCCUCGCUACUCCCCGGUGCAAACGGGGCGGAGGCAUCACCUUUCCACGGGCUGGCGACGCGACGGUUUGGAGAGGACUCUGGCUGGGAUGGGCGCAUGCGUGGAUCUACGCUGGCAAGGCGGAAUUGGGCCGGUACUUGUCCGGACAAGGACACCAAGAUGCGAGUCUGA